AAUGUGGACCAACACCUCUUCACCCUCCCACAGGGCUACGGCCAGUUUGCCUUCGGGAUAAUCGAUGACAGCUUUGAGUUCCCUGCCUUUGGGUCGAACACACAGCUGGAAGACAACCGAGAUGCUGAGAAUCGGCGAGAGAGGGAGCACCAGUCUCGGCACCGAUACGGCGCCCGGCAGCCUCGCGCGCGUUUCACUGCACGGCGGGCGGCUGGGCGACACGAGGGAGUCCCCACGCUAGAAGGAAUCAUCCAACAGCUGGUCAAUGGGAUUAUUGCACCGACCACAAUACCAAACCUCGGGGUGGGACCUUGGUGAGUUGUG